AUGGAGAAGGAUAGGAUAGAGAUAUCGAAGCCGACACCUGGCAUGAGCGUGUACCAUAACGUACACGAGUUCCUGCACGCCAAUAAAACACCACUAUUGAAAUCGAGUAGUCCAAACAUUUUCUACACGAAAUUACCGGAACAUCAUCGAUCGAACAAGUCUCUACCGUCUCCAUUUACUGUACUUAUUACCUCACCGGUACCGGAUGGAACACUGGUAACCGUAGCUGCCGGAAAUGACGAGACACCGUGUGGUGAAGUUCGUCACGAUACCGCUAAAGUGGUUCGUCAAGUGGCACGAUUUAGCGAUUUACGAUUCGUUGGAAAAAGCGGCAGAGGUUUGUAA